AUGGACUCUUGUUUUCCCAAUCCGGAACAUACUUAAAUUGCUCUGAAUGAGCAGACAAUCAAGCAUAGAAAAUUACUCAGAUAUCUGUUCUAUGGUGAGUUUUACAUAAUCUUUGCUAAACUUUUGUUAAUGGGAUUCAUUUCUGCGCUAUUUUAGCUAUUUUCACUGUGGAUCAUAUACAUUUGCUGGGCAACCUUGAGUUAUUGCAAUUUGAUCUUCUUUAUGUUCUCAGCAGGCUUAGACUUUCUCAUAUUAUUAAACUAUAUAAAUGCCAUACAAUUAUCACCAUUCUUCACAUAGAUUAUUUAUUACUCAAUGUUGGUUUACUUUGCUGUUGCAUUGGUUGUAUCUUAUAGAGCCUACAAAUGCUUCAAAGAGUAACAUUCAUCCUAAUUUGGACCGAUUUCUCAGGGAUAUUCACCCUUCAGAAAUGGAAUGUCUCAGUAUGACGAUGAAAAUAGAGUUAGAUCCACUAAUAACAACACCUAUCUCUAUCAAGCUCCACAAGGUGCCAGAAGAUAGCAGACAAUUGAUCCUUAACCAACUUAACCUCAUAGAAACUAGGCAAAUUACAGGGCAUUCUAGGGACAAGGCACAAGAAUUGGUUGA